AUGUCGUCACGUGACGGUGACAGCGGCGUCCUACCGGGGAGCGAACUGGUGCCCAACAUUGUUCACUUUAUUCGCUUUGGCCAGCCGAACGUCACCUUCACCGAAAUGGUUUGCAUGCUGUCGGCCUACCGCAAUAUCAAGCCACGCAUGAUGUACGUGCAUUGUGACACGCCCCCGAGUGGACCCUGGUGGGAGCAGUUGCGCUCGCUACCACACCUUAGCGUCGUCGGGCGGGCGCGGCCUCGCGAGAUCUUUGGUAUCAAGGUGAACGUCGUUCAGCACGCGUCCGACAUCGCGCGCAUCGAGGUCUUGCUCGAGCGCGGCGGCAUCUACCUCGACAACGACGUAUAUGUCGUUAAACCAUUCGACGUCUUUCGCUACAAUGACACAUACACGGUCGGCAUGAACACCGUUGAGCAUAACAUUGGUAACCAGAUUCAGAUAGCGGCGCCAAAUGCGACGUUCCUGCGCAUGUACUACAACAGCUAUCGCGCCUUCAACGAUAGCCUGUGGUACUACAACGCCGGCCAGGUGCCCGCCGAGUUACUGCGCCGCACGCCGAGUGUCGCUCGCGUCGUCGGGCUAGAGGAGUUCGGGGUCAACGUUGGGGUCAUGAACCAGCUGUACCGACAGAAUGUGAAUCGCCGACGAGAUUGGCAUGAGUACUACGCGAUACACCUGUUCUACCACCACCGCCAUUAUAUUAUCAAGGAGGACCCGAUCAAAGAGCACGACCCCGAGAACAUCAAGCAGCUGAACACCAGCUUUGGACAGAUGAUGAGGAAGAUCUACUACGGCACCGAAGACCUCGUUCAGUAG